AUGGGAAAGCGGAAAACAGCAGCACGAAAACCAACCAAAAAGGAAAAAAGGACGCUAGACACCCAGUUCACCUGUCUAUUCUGCAACCACGAGAAAUCCGUGAUUUGCACCUUGGAUAAACGAAACCAAUUGGGUGAACUACAUUGCAAGAUAUGCGGUCAAAAUUUCCAGACUUCGAUUAAUGCUUUGAGUCAGGCUGUUGAUGUGUAUAGUGACUGGAUUGACGCGUGUGAGGAUCUCGCAGAAGAGGCUGAGAAACGACAAGAUGAAUAUGAUGAUGAAGAUGAUGAGGACGGCGAGCGGGGAGAUGGAGAUGGGGAAGGGGAAGAUGGAAAGGAGGAUGAGGGAGAAGAGAACGGAAGAGCGGCGUAUAAGGGACGUGAAGUUAUUGAUUCUGAUGAAGAGGAUUACUAG